CUGCCUACAAAUCUUAUUGGUUACUCCCCCUUUAAAUUGCCUAAGCAACUAAGCAGUAUUGCUUAGUUAUUCUAAUUGUUCCCACUGUGAACACCUGAGAACCAAGCCACACUUCCUAACACAUGAGAAGGAUCUCAUCUCUACCACGGACAUUUCACUAUUACAGCUGGAUAAUUUAAACCGGACUCAACUAAAUUUUGACACUCAUUCCAACACUACAAAGUGUAGUUCAAAUACCUGGCAUUUACUGCUCAUUUUCAAAGGUAAAACAUCUACAAGUUGUUAAAAGCUGUUUACCUUCUAAUCCUUUCGUUUUCAGUCUGGACUACAUUUCCCAGAAGCCUCUACCACAUGAUUGCAGUUACUUCCGGUUUGACGAUCUGCAGCAGCUCAAGCUGAUCUCUCUCACUUACAGACAGGAAUGGAUUCCUAACUCCCAGUUCACUGAAUUAAGUCUGGACUACAUUUCCCAGAAGCCUCUACCACACGAUUGCAGUUACUUCCGGUUUGACGAUCUGCAGCAGCUCAAGCUGAUCUCUCUCACUUACAGACAGGAAUGGAUUCCUAACUCCCAGUUCACUGAAUUAAGUAAACAUUCUGACUUCCACAAUGAGAACAGUGAAAUGUGAUCUUCCAAUAGUAACAAUUUGCAUGUGGAAGCAAACACCAGAUUCCUAUGUCACUAAAAGAACAUUAAAUGAACAUCUAACCGUGUGACCACAAUAUGGCUUCCUCAGAAUGGAAAAUACAGCAACGAUACUCCAACAAAGUUUUAAUUGGAAAUUGGGUGGAAGAAAGAAAGAAGUUUGAAAAAUUCUGUGAAACAACAUACGACAGUUGUUACAGAUCAAACUUCAUCUCUUUUCCUGAAACAAAGACUGAUUAUGUCAUGAGAAGAUAUCUUAAGAAGAAAAUGGAGGGUCUACCAAAACAAUUUCUGCUUUCACAUCAUGGAGAACCAAAAGAUAAACAUUUAGUAUCAUCAUAUGAUGAUAAUUUUAUCAGACAUGGUAAUCCCACUUUGCCCCCUCUACGCAAAUGGAAUGGAAAUUAUAUGGCAUGGUUACCAGAAAAAUCCAAACAUCCAAUAGAAGAUCCACCAACAAAUUUUGGUCGGUUGGAAGAAAAGAAAAAACAAUGGAGUGAAAAUUCUGAUCUGAAAAGCAUCUAUUCAGCUUCUUACAAGCAACCACCAUCAUCUGCUCUUAUUACCAUGAGAUAUGGAGUUGUUCCUCGGAUUCUUUCCAGUAGCUCUUAUACUAACAAUAACGUCAAUAAAAGUUUACACUUUAGGGGUCAAAGACAUCUUCAUGUCCCAGAUUUCCCCGUAGGAAGUUCAAAUGACAACUCUUUGAUAAGAUCCAAUGCUUAGCUAUCAGUUUGCAUUACGCAAUUAAAUUUUCAGGUCCAGUAGUCAUUUUUAUGAUUUCCUGAGACACUUUGCAACUUAUUUGUUUCUUUAUGAUUUUCAAGUCUAUACUAAAGGGAUACUAAACCAAUUUUUUUUCUUUCAUGAUUCAUAUUUUUCUUUCAUGAUUCAUAUUUACUCCUAUGUAGCCACCAUUCAGAAAGUGCUAUCCAGGGUGCUAAACCAAAAAUAGCCUGGCUCAUUAACUUAGAUUCCUGCCUUUUCAAAUAAAUAUAGCCAGAGAAUGAAGACAAAAUGAUAAUUAGGGUAAAUUAGAAGUUGUUUAAAAGUGCAUGCUCUAUGUGAAUCAUGAACGAAAAUAUGUGGGUUUAGUAUCCCUUUAAGCAAAAUAAAAAAAAAAUAAUAUUAUUUUUUUUUUAUUUCUUAAGGGUCCUAGAACAAUUGCCAAAUAGAACAUUUUGAAGACUUCCCAAACCAUUUAAUUCUUAAACAAAUGUAACCUGAAUCCUAAAAAUGAUUAGAUAUAGUAUGGACUUUACCAAGCUUUUUAAAAUCAUAAAUAUGUUCAAGAGAAAAAUAAAUAAAUAUUAAAAUCUGGUAAUAGUUCUUCUAACAUAGGUAACAUAACAGAGUAAUAAUCUAGACCUUGACAAAGUUUUGCUUUCAGUUAUGUAAUUAUUAUGUAACCAUUGCCAAUAAAUAAAUUGCAAAACUUAAA